GCCGGUAAAACAGUGGUGAGCUCGGUGGGUUCCGCAUGUCAACAAAUUCCAAAAUAUGGGGUGGCAUGGGAGUGAAACAGCAAAAAAUAUCGAAGUUUGUUUGUUUCUAUGCCUUUACUAAUUAUUGAUCACUGAGUGAUAAAUUAUAACGUUUCUUAAAGGCAUCAUACUUAUCUGACUGCUCAACCGUGUUUAUCAAGUGAUUAGAACAAGGUUAGGUUCCGUUCAUUUGCGAGACGUUCCAUUAUCGAGCAGCUCUGAUAAAGCCCCGGUCAAGUUGUUAAAAGUAUAUUAAAUUGUGAAAAUGAGGAUUGCUGUGGAGGGUUGCGCCCACGGCGAGUUGGAAACAAUUUACAAUGCGAUCGCUGAAGCCGAGAAAGUUGAUGGAAAAAAAGUUGACUUGCUACUGUGUUGUGGAGAUUUUCAGGCCACUAGAAACUGGUCUGAUUUGAGAUGUAUGGCUGUACCUGAUAAGUACAAGAAUAUGGGAACUUUUUACAAGUAUUAUACAGGAGAAAAUGUUGCUCCCUGUCUUACAAUUUUCAUUGGUGGAAAUCAUGAAGCUUCAAAUUAUCUCCAAGAAUUACCCUAUGGCGGUUGGGUUGCACCAAACAUCUAUUAUCUAGGAUAUGCUGGAGUUGUAAGCGUUGCAGGAAUUCGAAUAGCAGGUCUCUCAGGUAUUUACAAGACACAUGAUUUCAUGAAGGGUCAUUAUGAAUUUCCUCCUUACAACAAAAACUCGAUACGAAGCGCUUAUCACAUCAGAAACUUGGAAGUGUAUCGGUUGAAGCAGCUUUCAGGAAAAAUUGAUAUUUGUAUGUCCCAUGACUGGCCUAGGGGAGUAACUAAGUAUGGCAAUGUUAAUGCAUUACUUAGAAAAAAGCCAUUUUUCAAAGACGAUAUUGAAAGUGAUCGUCUAGGAAGUUCACCAGCUAUGGAAUUAUUGAGGUGUCAUUACCCGUCACACUGGUUUGCUGCACAUUUACACUGUAAAUUCACAGCAUGUGUGACAAACGACGACAAUACUAAAUCAACAAAUUUCUUAGCAUUAGAUAAAUGCUUACCCAAGAGACAAUUUUUACAGAUAAUAGAGGUAGAACACGAUGAGAGCUUACCAAUUAAACUUUCAUAUGAUUUGGAAUGGCUAACUAUAUUAUUUUUAACCAAUGAUUUGCUGAGCGUUAAAAAUGGUAUUUGCUACAUGCCUGGCCCAAUCAACAAUGGAAAGUGGGUUUUUACUCCAAGCGAAGAGGAAAAACAAACAAUUUUUAAUAAACUUAAGUGUGACUUAGUCAUACCAUUAAAUUUUAAAGAAACUGUCAGGGCCUACAGUCCUCAAACACCCACUAAACACGCUGGUCAACCAAGUAUAGUUCUAAAUGAUCAAACCUCGGAAUUCUGUAAUAAACUUUCCAUAAGUGAUCCAUUAGCUUUAUUAAAGCGUUCUAGUAUUGGUACUAGUACAAAUUCAAGUUCAAAUAUACAUAACGAAAGUUUUUCGAGCAGAAAUACUAGUUUCUCGCCAAAUUCAUCAAAACACACCGAUUCUUUUACUGACUUAUCGUGCUCCACAGAAGACAGCUUUAUAAUUGACACCACACCUACAGAUAUUACUCCGAUUUUUGAAAAAAAAAUUAUGACUCCAUUAAAACUACCAGCUGCCAGAAAUGAAAGUAAUACUUCUCUUAGUUCUAUAAAUAGUGAAGACAAUUCCCAAGAGAUACAAAAUUUAUCGAAUUCUUCGAAAAGUCCAAGAACAUUGAAUGAGAUGCUCCAUGAUGAACCAGAUAACGGAAAAAAUGAAAUAAAAAAAUUCAAACGGCGUAAUCAAUCAAUUUAUGCUGAUGAUUGUGUGACAUAACAAAAUGUCGAUGUUAAAUUGUUAAUUUUUUCAUACCAUGAAUUGCAAUACUAUGUGCUUGAAAAAAAAAAAAAAAAAAUUUAUUAAGUAAAAUUUUUUUAAUUUUCAAGUGUACAAGUGAAAAUUUUGGCAAUUAUUGAAACAAAGAUAUUUGGAUCAAACUCAAAUGUUUGUACAGUUGAAAUUAUUUCACUGCGAAUUAAUGCAUAUUAUAUGAUAUGAGAUAUAAGUACCAUUAAAC